AUGCCGACUCGGAGCACACCUUACACCAACAGCCAUCGUCCCCCGCCCUGGCCGAGGCCGGGCGGGCGGCGUGACUUUGAGGUGGCAGGCAGCCCGCCAGGGAGGCCUGAUAAGCACCGGGGCGCGCUGGGGGCAGGGCCGGCUUCAGAAGAGGCCAGCAGAGCCGCAGAGCCCCCGGCCCCGCCCCCGCCCCCGUGCCAAGGACAGCCAGAACAUUCCAGCCCUGGCUGGGGAGGCAUCACCUUCCGCCCGCCUCAGACUUCUGCCCGGCAGAGGUCAUCGCCCUCCAGUGAGUGCACGGGGUCAGGGGAGGAGGCCAGCCCCACUCGACGCCCCGGACUGGGCGCGGGACCCUCGACGCCCCAGACUGGGCCCCGGGACCCUCGACGCCCCCAGACUGGGACCCGGGACCCUCGACGCCCCAGACUGGGCCCCGGGACCCUCGACGCCCCAGACUGGGACCCAGGACCCUCGACGCCCCAGGCUGGGCGCGGGACCCUCGACGCCCCAGGCUGGGCGCGGGACCCUCGACGCCCCAGGCUGGGCGCGGGACCCUCGACGCCCCGGACUGGGCCCCGGGACCCUCAACGCCCCAGAGUGGGCCCCGGGACCCUCGACGCCCCAGACUGGGCCCCGGGACCCUCGACGCCCCAGAGUGGGCCCCGGGACCCUCGACGCCCCAGACUGGGCCCCGGGACCCUCGACGCCCUGGACUGGGCCCCGGGACCCUCGACGCCCCAGAGUGGGCCCCGGGACCCUCGACGCCCCGGACUGGGCCCCGGGACCCUCGACGCCCCAGAGUGGGCCCCGGGACCCUCGACGCCUCGGACUGGGCCCCGGGACCCUCGACGCCCCCGGACUGGGCGCGGGACCCCUCGACGCCCCAGACUGGGCCCCGGGACCCUCGACGCCCCAGACUGGGCGCGGGACCCUCGACGCCCCGGACUGGGCCCCGGGACCCUCGAUGCCCAAGCCACAGUGGCCCAAAACGCCACGGUCACCCAGCCAUGCCUAGCGCGCAGCACGUCUCAGGCGGUGAGCCCCGAGGAGCGUGGCCGCCCCGGCCGCCCCGGCGCCCGUCCUGAGCCCCCCACGCCUCCGGGGGGACGGGGGCGUCGUGGAGGGCCGGGAGAGGCGCGCCCCGGGCUCCGGCGCGUGGGCGGCGCUGAGCUCAGCGCCGUCGUCGCUGGGAUCCCCCGAAACGCCGCCGAGCCCGCGGUGCGCAGGGCGGAGGGUGACCUGCCCCGGCCCCACCCACCGUGUGAAUUCGGGGUGAAGGAGUCCCUGCUGCCAGGGGUGCUCAUGCUGCAAAGGACUGUGGACCGAGGGGGACACUCGGGGCACCCUCUGCAGCACAAGGCGGACUCGGAGGGUCCCCGAGGCGGGGCGCCCCAGCAGGACAGGCAAGGCCGGGCCUGCCCGAGUCCUUUAGCCCUGACACAUCCCUCCCACUCGCCCUCCGCGGACACACUGAGCGCCACUGUGUCCCGCCCCGUGGGCGACACCGGGAAAGACGCCCCUGGCAGUCGUUCUCGUUGCGGGGAACAGUGCGCCCCACGCGGGGCCGUGGACACGGGCUUCGUGCUGGGGGUGGCGGUGUUCGGCUUCCCGGGGCACCCGGGGGCCCCUCCGGAGGCUGCACCCGCCCCCCCUCCCCCACGUCACGGCUCUCGCUGGCAAGGCCUGCCCGGCCGAGCCCCCACGGCCAGGGUCCCAGGAGUGGACUUGAAGAGGGGGUUGAGCAAGCCCUGCCCCGGGGCGGGCACGAGGGGGCCGGGGACGGAGGAGGGGGGGGCGGGUGACUCAGCCACCUGCGGCGUUCAUCCCGGGCCCGCUGAAUGCCAGCCUUGCUGGGGCACAGCGUGGGGCGGGGGCCCGCGGGAGGCGGCCAUGUUGCCCGGGAGGACGACCCUGCACCAGAGCCCGGCCUGCCGCCUGCGCUCUGACCCGCGCCCCCUCCACGUCCGCCCGGGGCCCGCGCACGGGUCGCCUCCACCGCCGCGCGUGGGCGCGUCACACCAGGACGGUGACCCGGUCCUCCCGUGUGAGACCUCCGGGCCCGCGGCUCUGGGACACAAAUGCCACCGCAUGGCCUCCGCCCAGGGCUCGUCCCCAUCCCCAGACCGUCAAGCGACGGUCUCCUGCCCCUUUCUGCCUCGAGUGUGUCUCCACGUCGUCGCGGCAACCCCGGGCCACGGAUGGAGAGCAGGUCCCGCCCUGCGCGACCCCCCCUGCACGGCCCAGACCCUGCCCGCUUCCAAAGUCACGUCCAAAGUGUGUCCCCCAGAGACAGCGCCAUGCAGGCCAGCCAAGGCCUCCUGCCCCGGAGGCCCCCCGGAGGCCGGAGCCCGGCGGGCGCCCGGCCUGUGCCGCGGGGAGGUGGACUUCGGAGGCUCUAGGAAGAAGAGAGGCAAGUUCGUGAAGGUGCCGAGCAGCGUGGCCUCCUCUGCACUCUUCGACCUGCUGCUCCGGGAGUGGCACCUGCCGGCCCCCACCCUGGUGGUGUCGCUGGUGGGGGAGGAGCGGCCCUGCGCCCCCAAGCCCUGGCUGCGGGACGUCCUGCGGAAGGAGCUGGUGAAGGCGGCUCAGAGCACAGGCGCCUGGAUCCUGACGAGCGCCCUCCGCGUGGGGCUGGCCCGGCACGUCGGGCAGGCGGUGCGCGACCACUCGCUGGCCAGCACGUCCGUCGGGGUGCGCGUGGUGGCCGUCGGCAUGGCCGCGCUGGGCCGCGUGCUGCACCGCCAGCUGUUGGAAGGCGGCCAGGAGGACGCCCCUGUCCGCUACCCCCCCGACGACGGCGGCGGCCAGGGCUCCCUCUGCGCCCUGGACAGCAACCUCUCCCACUUCGUCCUGGUGGAGCCGGCGGCCGCCCAGUCGGGGGACGAGGCGCUGGCCGAGCUGCGGCUGCGGCUGGAGCGGCACAUCUCCCAGCAGAGGACGGGCUACGGGGGCACGGGCAGCAUCGAGAUCCCAGUUCUUUGCCUUCUGGUCAAUGGAGACCCCAGCACCCUGGAGAGGCUUUCCAGGGCGCUGGAGCACGCCACCCCGUGGCUGAUCGUGGCGGGCUCCGGGGGCAUCGCCGACGUGCUGGCGGCCCUGGUGACCCAGCCCCACCUGCUGGUGCCCCAGAUGGUGGAGAAGCAGUUUCAGGAGAAGUUCCCCAGUGACUGCUUCUCCUGGGAAGCCAUUCUGCACUGGACCAAGCUGCUGCAAGGCAUCGCCUCGCACCCCCAGCUGCUCACCGUGUACGACUUCGAGCAGGAGGGCUCCGAGGGCCUGGACACGGUCAUCCUCAAGGCCCUGGUGAAGGCCUGCAAGAGCCACAGCCAAGAGGCCCAGGACUUCCUGGACGAGCUCAAGCUGGCCGUGGCCUGGGACCGCGUGGACAUCGCCAGGAGCGAGAUCUUCAGCGGGGACGUGGAGUGGAAGUCCCGCGACCUGGAGGAGGUGAUGAUGGACGCCCUGGUCAGCAACAAGCCGGAGUUCGUGAGCCUCUUCGUGGACAGCGGUGCCGACAUGGCCGACUUCCUGACCUACGGGCGGCUGCAGCAGCUCUACCGCUCUGUGUCCCCCAAAAGCCUGCUCUUCAGCCUGCUGCAGCGCAAGCACGAGGAAGGGCGGCUGACGCUGGCCGGCCUGGGCGCGCAGCAGGCCGCGGAGCCGUCCGCGGGGCCGCCCGCCUUCUCCCUGCACGAGGUGUCCCGGCUGCUCAAGGACUUCCUGCAGGACGCCUGCCGCGGCCUCUACCAGGACCGGCGGGCGGCGGAGAAGGGGCCCGCCAGGCGCCCCCCGGGCCAGAAGUGGCUGCUGGACCUCACCCAGAAGAGCGAGGACCCCUGGAGGGACCUGUUCCUGUGGGCCGUGCUGCAGAACCGCCACGAGAUGGCCACCUACUUCUGGGCCAUGGGCAGGGAGGGCGUGGCCGCGGCUCUGGCUGCCUGCAAGAUCGUCAAGGAGAUGUCCCACCUGGAGACGGAGGCCCAGGUGGCCCAGGCCAUGCGUGAGGCCAAGUACGAGCAGCUGGCCCUGGACCUCUUCUCGGAGUGCUACAGCAACAGCGAGGACCGCGCCUUCGCCCUGCUGGUGCGCCGGAACCGCGGCUGGGGCCGCACCACCUGCCUGCACCUGGCCGCCGAGGCCGACGCCAGGGCCUUCUUCGCCCAUGACGGCGUGCAGGCCUUCCUGACCAAGAUCUGGUGGGGAGACAUGGCCACGGCCACACCCAUCCUGCGGCUGCUGGGCGCCUUCGCCUGCCCCGCCCUCAUCUACACCAACCUUAUCACCUUCAGCACGGACGUCCCACCGAGGCCGGGCCCGGAGGACCUGCAGGAGCUGGAUAGUCUGGACACGGAGAAGACCCUGCUGUACAGCCCAGGCGGCCAGCGCGGGGUGCUGGAGGGGCCCGGCCCGCUCGGCAGCCGGGGCCCGCGCGCCGCCUUCCUGCUCACACGCUGGCGGAAGUUCUGGGGCGCCCCGGUGACGGUGUUCUUGGGGAACGUGGUGAUGUACUUCGCCUUCCUCUUCCUGUUCGCCUACGUCCUGCUGGUGGACUUCAGGCCGGCCGCGCGGGGGCCGGCGGGGCCUGAGGUCGUCCUCUACUUCUGGGUCUUCACGCUGGUGCUGGAGGAGACGCGGCAGGGCUUCUUCACGGACGAGGACACACACUUGGUGAAGAAGUUCACUCUGUAUGUGGAAGACAACUGGAACAAGUGCGACAUGGUGGCCAUCUUCCUGUUCAUCGUGGGCGUCACCUGCAGGAUGCUGCCCUCUGUGUUCGAGGCCGGCCGCACAGUCCUCGCCAUCGACUUCAUGGUCUUCACACUUCGGCUCAUCCACAUCUUCGCCAUUCACAAGCAGCUGGGCCCCAAGAUCAUCAUCGUGGAGCGCAUGAUGAAGGAUGUCUUCUUCUUCCUCUUCUUCCUGAGCGUGUGGCUCGUGGCCUACGGGGUCACCACCCAGGCGCUGCUGCACCCCCAGGACGGCCGUCUCGAGUGGAUUUUCCGCCGAGUGCUCUACCGGCCCUACCUGCAGAUCUUUGGGCAGAUCCCACUGGAUGAAAUUGACGAGGCCCGGGUCAACUGCUCUGCCCACCUGCUGCGGGAGGGCUCGCCCUCCUGCCCCAACCUCUAUGCCAACUGGCUGGUCAUCCUCCUGCUGGUCACCUUCCUGCUGGUCACCAACGUGCUGCUCAUGAACCUGCUCAUCGCCAUGUUCAGCUACACGUUCCAGGUGGUGCAGGGCAACGCAGACAUGUUCUGGAAGUUCCAGCGCUACCACCUCAUCGUGGAGUACCAUGGGCGCCCCGCCCUGGCCCCCCCCUUCAUCCUCCUCAGCCACCUGAGCCUGGUGCUCAAGCGGGUCUUCAGGAGAGUGGCCCAGCACAAGCGGGAGCACCUAGAGAGAGACUUGCCUGACCCCCUGGACCAGAAGGUCGUCACCUGGGAGACGGUUCAGAAGGAGAACUUCCUGAGCAAGGUGGAGAAGAGGCGGCGGGACAGCGAGGGGGAGGUGCUCCGGAAAACCGCCCACAGAGUGGACUUGGUUGCCAAGUACCUCGGGGGGCUGAGAGAGCAAGAAAAGCGCAUCAAACAUCUGGAGUCACAGGCCAACUACUGCGCGCUGCUCCUGUCCUCCGUGGCCGACAGACUGGCCCAGGGCGGCACCCACUGGGGCCCUCAGCGCCUCGGCGGUGGGAACCCGCACGCACCUGCCGGCCGCGGAGCGAGUCCCUCUGGAGGCAGGGGGCCCCCGGGGGCCGGCCAGCCUCAGGACUGA